AUGGUUUCAGCCACCGACGGCGCAUUCAACUUGAAACUUAGUCGCCCCGCGGUAGCAGCCACCGACGGCGCAUUCAACUUGAAACUUAGUCGCCCCGUCGGGGGAGCUCCCAACAACGUCCCCACCGCCGACGGCCCAUCCAACUUCGAUCUUACACACCCCAUCGCAGGACUGCCCGACAGCGUUCCCACUCCUGACAGCAUGUUCAACUUCACCCUCAAACGCCCUGUUAGGGACACUCCUGAUGGCGUCUUCAACUUUUCACUUAAACGCCCCAUCAUGGCCCCCCCUAACAAGGCUGCCGACAGAGAAGCCAAGGAGGGCAGUCUAGAUUCCGUUCCCUCCAAUGCUGCGGCAGUCCCACAGAAACACUCCGACAAACCCUUCAACUUCAAUUUGAGACGCCCUGUGGCUGCACCUCUUCCCAUAACAGAGGCCCCUCCUGGAACAGCGUCCGAACCCAUGGGUCUCAAUAGCCCUCAAGGACAAGCCUCCGAUCCCACGGCCAAGGCCUACGUGCCUUCAAGAUUGAGCACCCACCCAAGGGUGGCAGACCACUACAGGGAGUUGGAGUGGCUUGAUGAAAGGCUUUCAUUCCCAAGAUUUGAGGACUCGACUAAGAAAGAAGAACUUGAUGAGGUUAUAGCUGAAGUGCAAAAUCUUUCUUCCCGAGCCCGUGAUUCUGCUCAGGCCUUGGAGUUCCUCCGCCAGGAAAAGAUGCAGUUUUUGUUCGAUGUGGAGGCCUUCUUGGAGGUAAUGGGUGAGAUAAGAGAUGAGAUGUAUGCUGGUACCAAAGAUUUCAUGCUUAGUUUACAGGAGAGGUCUUAA